AUGAGCAACGACGGGGACGAUGUUGUGAAGACUGGCGAAGAUGCAAAGAUGACCAGUGACCUGAAGACCAGCGACCCGAAGGCUACUUCGUUGUUUGGUCAGAAGAAGAAGAAAAAGUCGCAGCACAAGUCUGAGGAUAAAGACAAGGACAUCGCUACAGAGUCGUUCGUGGACGGCUCCGGCCAGAUGUUUGUGCCAGGCAAGGUCUACCCUUACGAAUUCUUGUUGGAACGUGUGCACACGAUGAUCACGCAGCACAACCCGGACCUGCAAGCGUCGCGGCGUUAUGUAAUAAAGCCGCCGCAGGUGGGCCGUGUAGGUUCUAGACGCGUGGCUUGGACGAACUUCCAGGAGUUGUGCGAUACGAUGAAGCGCUCGUAUGAUCAUGUGUGUCAGUUCGUGUUGUCGGAGCUGGGUACUGAGGGUUCUAUUUCGGGCGAUGGCCAGUUGGUGCUAAAGGGCCGCUAUGGUACUAAGCAUAUUGAGUCUCUACUGCGCAAGUACAUUACCGAAUACGUCACUUGCUCGAUGUGUCGCUCACCACAAACCACCGUCGAACGCGACCCGCGAACCAGACUCUACACCAUCAGCUGUGCUGCCUGCGGAGCAAACCGAUCUGUUACAGCCAUCAAAAGCGGCUUCCAUGCCGCCACCAGAGCCGACCGCAGAAAAGCCAAAGCCGCCCUGUAA